GCCUAUUUAUAGCCGCCUCGCCCACCACCCUCUCCCGCACAUCCGCACCGGACAACCUAGCUAGCUAGCUACUAUACAAGACUCCUCCAUCAUCCGCAGGGAUCGAUCGAAGAGGGAGGAAAAGCAGAGGAGGGGAGAGGCCACGCACCCAGCAAGUAUGUCGGGCGUGUGGGUGUUCCGGAACGGCGUGGUGAGGCUGGUGGAGAACCCGACGUCGGGGAACGCGGCGGCGGCGUCGGGCAAGCGCAAGGCGCUGCUGCACACGCCCUCCGGGGAGGUGGUCACGUCCUACGCGUCGCUGGAGCGCAAGCUGGCGGCGCUCGGCUGGGAGCGCUACUACGCCGACAACGGCGGCGGCGGCCUGCUGCAGUACCACAAGCGCACCUCCGUGGACCUCAUCUCGCUGCCCAAGGACUUCGCCCACUUCGGCUCCGUCCACAUGUACGACAUCGUCAUCAAGAACCGCGACGCCUUCCGCGUCAUCGACGCCUAGAUACUCGAUCGUACUGCCUGCUGCUACCUACCUCUCCUCCAUCUAUCGUCUUCGUUGUUAAUUCCUGCCUGGCUGCUGCAUCACUGCAGUUCAUCUCGAUCGUCUGCUACCUAUAUAGCUAGCUGGCUAGCCUUUGUUUGUACCCUAAUUAAUUUGUUGCGUCUAUCUACUUGCUCAUCUCUAUCCCCCUCCCCAUCGAUCGGUUUGUGUAAUGUACGUGGCGUCGCGUGCUGUGCAUAGGGAGUUAGUUCGUAGCCAUUGCUCGAUCUGCUUGCCAGAGUUUGCUAGCUUGUUGGCCGUAAGAAUGCAUGUUUUCUUUACAUUACACAUGUUGCCGGGUUGAUCUGCUUGUAUUCUCAUCAGUCUCAUGCAUGAGCUAUGAUAAUCAUCUCGUUUAGUUUU